AUGCUAUUUGUAAUUUUUAUAAUUGGAAUAAUCUAUGCUUCAUGUAUAAACAGAACAAUAGAACAAUGUUUGAUACUAAAUUUCAAUCAAUAAGAAUAAUGCUAAAUCUCGUCAGCUCAAUGUUUGCCUAGAUCAUAAUUAUGUUUUGAAAUAGAUGCUUCGUAUCCUUUAAAUUGUCAAACAUCCCAAUGUUACUAUGAUAAAAUUUUAAACAAAUGUCUGGUAUCUUUUUAUUUAUCACAACAGACCAUUCAAUAAUCUCGAAUUCUUGAUGAAAUAGCAGAGAGAGGAGGAAGAAAUGGAAAUGGAGGAAGAGCAGGAAAUGGAGGAAGAGGAGGAAAUGGAGGAAGAGGAGGAGAUGGAGGUCGAAAUGGUUAUGAACAUAAUCAUGGUUCAGAUCAUAAAGAAGAUGAUGAUGACAAAAAUUCUUAUCAUCAACAAUAUAAUCAAUCCUCAGUAUUCAUAUAAAAUUUCAUUCAUAGACAUAAUAAUAUCCUUAAUAGCCAUAUCAACCAUAAUAUCCAUAUUAACCUUAAUAACCUACGAAUCCACAAUAUCCAUAAUAACCACAAUAUCCAUAAUAACCACAAUAACCAUAAUAACCACAAUAACCAUAAUAGCCAUAAGAGCCAUAAAAACCAUAAGAGCCAUAAAAACCAUAAGAACCAUAAAAACCAUAGGAACCAUAAAAACCAUAAGAGCCUUAUAUACCCUAAGAGCCUUAAUAACCAUAAGAGCCUUAAUAGCCAUAAGAGCCAUAAUGGCCAAUAUAGCCAGAAAAACCAUAAGAGCCUUAAUAUGUUGAUCCUUCCCAAAAUGAAAAGUAAAUUUAUCUUUUGAUUUAGUUAAAAUGAUAAUUAGGAUAGUUCAGAAUAAGAUUCAAAUAAUUCAGAAUAAGGUAUAUAUAUAAUUGAUUAUUGUUAGAUUUCCAAAAUGUACCAAAUGAAAAUAAUUAAAAUUCAGAAAGUAAAGACUAUAAUUAUAUCGAUUCUAGGUGCUAGUUUAAAUAAUUUGAGAAUAGAAAAAUUUAUUGAAGAGGAUAUUAGAAAUAAGAUAGAAGCAUCAGAAGAUGAGAAGCAAAUAGAGAUAAGGAAUUCAGGAGCAAAUUUAAUUUUAUCAUUUGCUUUAAUGAUAAUUUGGAUAUGA